CACUAUAAGUGUCAGAGGUGUCAAAGAAACUACCGGCAAAGCAGGAUGAAAAAUGUGUGAUGGUCUCACCUAUUACGGCCACACUCUUUGGAUCAAUUUACAUGACGAAUAGGGGUUACUACAUUAGGCGCUGCGAUGUAGGUUGUCAUUUGCCCCAAAUGGUUGAACCUUGCAGUAUUUGACACGGCGCCGUUCAGUGGCUAAUGUGUCGUGAGAUUGUGGUGGAGGUGGAAUGAUAAGAGGAGAAGAGAUAAGAUACGAAGCAGGCUGUGGGUGUGUGGAGGACAGUGCUGACCAUCAGUUGAGAGAGGUGACCUUCAUCUCAUCUUGUCUGCUGGUUAAUGUGAACACGGAUGCGCUUUCAUUUCAAUGACUUUACUUUGCUCCCUUUCUUCUAUGAUUGUAUAUAAUGUUAGGUAAACUGUGAAUGAAGGCGCCUUGUUUGUGUUUGCGAGCGUGUGUGUGCGUAUGUGAGUGGGUGUGAUUUUCUUCAGGCGUGCCGGCGACGUCACUUCUGCAGCAUGGGAUUAAAAGGCUGUGCCAAGCCAGAGUGGGGUGCUGCUUCAGUGGAAGCCAGAGCGGAACCAGAGAGGUUGUGAGGUGCUGCCGUGAGGAGGUUUUGGGAGCCAGUAAAGAAGGAGCCAUAUGCCGUACUCGUCUUCCUUUUGGAGAUGGUUUUCAAGUGCCGCGAUGGAGGAAACAGUCAUCUGGGAACAGCACACAGUAACACUGCACAGGGCACCAGGGUUUGGCUUCGGAAUAGCCAUUUCAGGAGGUCGGGAUAACCCUCAUUUUCAGAGUGGCGAGACCUCCAUUGUCAUCUCGGAUGUAUUGAAAGGAGGCCCAGCAGAAAGCCUACUGCGGGAAAAUGACAGAGUUGUUAUGGUCAAUGCUGUCUCCAUGGACAAUGUGGAGCACGCGUACGCCGUCCAGCAGCUUCGUAAAAGUGGGAAAAUUGCCAAAAUUACAAUCAGACGGAAGAGAAAGGUGCAUGUCCCUAUGGGCCGCCUAGGGGAGAGGGAAACUAUGUCGGAGCAUGACGAGGAGGAGGACAGUUACGACGAAGAGAUCUACGAGACACAAAGCGGACGCAGCCCCACUUACAGCGGUGUGGGCGGGGCCAUGGGCAGGCGCAGUGGCCGGAGCAGCAUGCAAAAGGACAGGCAACGCGAACGCAGUGGCUCGCGGGAAAGAAGUCUCUCACCGCGUUCAGACCGCCGCUCACACAACCUGCCCCCACGUCCCGCAAAAGUCACGCUUGUCAAAUCCCGCAAAAAUGAAGCAGAAUAUGGCCUUCGUCUGGCCAGCCACAUCUUUGUCAAGGACAUUUCCCCCGAGAGCCUGGCAGCUAGAGACGGCAACAUCCAGGAAGGAGAUGUUGUUCUAAAGAUCAAUGGCACAGUGACAGAAAACCUCUCCUUGAUAGACGCCAAGAAGCUGAUAGAAAGGUCAAAGGGCAAGCUAAAAAUGGUUGUGCAGAGGGACGACAGGGCGACCCUGCUGAAUAUCCCUGACCUCGAUGACAGCAUUCCUUCAGCCAACGCCUCCGACCGAGAUGAUAUCCAUUCUAUGGGAUCCGACCAUUCCAAUCGAUCGCAUGACAGACAUCGUAGCAGCCGCUCGCGCUCUCCGGACAGGAUAUCUGAACCCUCAGACCACUCCAGACACUUUCCCCUGCAAUCCAGCAAUGGCAGUCACAGAAGUCGUGAUGACGAAUGGAUCUCAAAGCCGGCUUCAACUCCAGUGAAGCUACCCGAUGAGCUUCCCCUCCCCAAACCGAAGGAGUCUGCCACUUCUAGAGAGGAGAAACAGCUCCCACCACUCCCAGAGCCCAAGCCUGUGUACGCUCAGCCUGGACAGCCAGAUGUAGACCUGCCAGUCAGUCCCUCCGAUGCCCCGGUGCCGAGUGCUGCCCAUAACGAAAGCAUCCUACGGCCAAGCAUGAAGCUUGUGAAGUUCAGGAAGGUAGAGAGUGUGGGGCUGCAGCUGGCCGGGGGGAAUGAUGUGGGCAUCUUUGUAGCCGGAGUGCUUGAGGACAGCCCAGCUUCCAAGGAGGGCCUGGAGGAGGGUGACCAAAUUCUCAGGAUAAAUAAUGUAGAUUUCGCAAACAUAAUCCGAGAGGAGGCAGUGCUGUUCCUCCUUGACCUUCCUAAGGGGGAAGAGGUCACUAUUCUUGCCCAGAAAAAGAAAGAUGUGUAUCGGCGGAUUGUGGAGUCCGACGUUGGUGACUCCUUCUACAUCCGGACCCACUUUGAGCAUGAGAAAGAAUCUCCGUAUGGGUUAAGCUUCAACAAGGGCGAGGUGUUCCGUGUCGUGGACACCCUCUACAACGGGAAGCUGGGCUCCUGGCUGGCUAUUCGCAUCGGCAAGAAUCACCAGGAGGUGGAGAGGGGCAUCAUCCCCAACAAGAACAGAGCGGAGCAGCUGUCCAGCGUGCAAUACACUCUCCCCAAAACAGCGGGGGGUGACAGGGCCGACUUCUGGAGGUUCCGUGGUCUUCGGAGCUCAAAGAGGAACCUGAGGAAGAGCAGAGAGGAUCUCUCUUCCCAGCCAGUCCAGACAAAGUUCCCAGCUUAUGAAAGAGUUGUACUAAGAGAGGCCGGGUUUCUGAGACCAGUGGUGAUAUUUGGGCCGAUCGCUGAUGUUGCUCGAGGAAAACUCUCCAGAGAAGAGACAGAUCUUUUUGAGCUUGCAAAGAGUGAACCGAGAGAUGCAGGAACAGACCAGCGUAGUUCAGGAAUCAUUCGUCUUCACACCAUCAAGCAGAUCAUUGACAAAGACAAGCAUGCUGUCCUGGACAUCACCCCAAAUGCUGUGGACAGGCUGAAUUACGCUCAGUGGUACCCGAUUGUAGUCUUCCUAAAUCCCGAUACUAAGCAGGGGGUGAAGAACAUGAGGACCAGACUGUGUUCAGAGUCUAGGAAGAGUGCCAGGAAGCUCUAUGAGAGAGCCAUCAAACUGAGGAAGAAUAACCACCACCUGUUCACCACCAUUAUCAACAUGAACAAUAUGAAUGAUGGCUGGUACGGAGCUCUGAAGGAGACAAUCCAGCAACAGCAGAACCAGUUGGUGUGGGUGUCAGAGGGCAAGGCGGACGGCAACACGGAGGAUGACCUGGACAUCCAUGACGACCGCCUGUCCUACCUGUCUGCGCCAGGAAGUGAGUACUCCAUGUACAGCACGGACAGCCGCCACACCUCUGACUAUGAGGAUACGGACACGGAUGGCGGGGCGUACACAGACCACGAACUGGACGAGACCCUGAACGACGAGGGGGGCCUGCCCACGGAGCCCGCCAUCACCCGCUCUUCCGAGCCGGUGCGAGAGGACCCACCCGUGAUUCCGGACAACCCUGGUUACCCCGGUUACCAGCACCCUGUGCAGCCCGACCUGGCCGGCCGCAUCGACCCCGCUGGGUUCAAGAUGGCCGCUCCGCAACAGCGAGAUGAGGCGGUGGUAGCGCCCCCUGCCAUUGAGCGGCCUGUACAGCUUGAGGGUUUGCACCUAGAGGAGACGCCUGCUGCUGCAGCCGCAGCUCCUCCUAUGGCCGACUCACUUAGCAGCCCCAGCCCUGCCCCUGAGCUUAUUCAUCCCCCGCCACCACCACUUGAACCCCACCCGUCUGGACCAUUUGGUCCAGAACCAAAGAUGUACAAGAAAGAUCUGUACAAUAUGGAGGAGCCGGUGCCAAUCCACCACGGCCUGAAGCAGUCUUUGAGCUACUGUCACCAGCCGCCGUACCAGGACAAACAGCCAUACCUUGAAUACGACCACCCGCCUUACGGAUACGACGGAGCCGGCUUCACCGACCCAAAGCGCCACAACACCGACACACACCUGCACUACGACAACCGUGUGCCUCAUUACAACGAGCAGUGGGCCCACUAUGACCAGCAGACCUCGUCCUCCCAGCCCGCAGGGUACCAGCAGGGCCACCAGCAACCCGUGGGCUACAACACCCGGUCGCCCUACGACGACGGGCCGGGCAGGGACUACAGCCCCACUCAGCCGUGCUACGAUGAGCCCCCCCCGGUGGGCUAUGACGGCAGACGAUGGCACAGUAAAGCAGGGCCCAUUCGUUACGAUGAGCCCCCGCCUCCGGCCGGCUACGAGGCCCGCUCCCCUCACGAGGCAGAGCCUCAUGGCUUCGCCGUUAGUUCACCUCGAUCGCCGGAGCCGCCAAAGCAGUAUCACAGUGAGUCCGGUCCGAGGCCCACCUUCAUUCCUGGGCCUGCAAACCGGGGCUUUAAGCAAGGGAUGCACGACUCCAUGAUGAACUCUGAACACACAAUUCCCCCUCAUAAACCAGAGAGCCUGCCCUCCCCCGGCGAGCCAGCGACCACUCCGGUCUCCAAAUCCCUCCCUCCGCCUCCACGGGAAGACCUGGACGACGACCCGGCCAUGAAGCCACAGUCGGUGCUCAACAGAGUAAAGAUGUUUGAGAAUAAACGGUCUGUUUCUGUGGACAAGGCUAAAGAAAGAGGAGAAUCGGCUCUCAGACCUGCAGAUGUUCCCAAACCUGUGAUUGCACCUGGACCAGUCCUCAAAGCCAAUUCCCUGUGCAACCUGGAGCAGGAGAAAUCCAACUUUCGGGCCCUUGAGCCACAAAAGCCCCAUUCUAAACCCCUGGAUGAUAUAAUGCGUUCUAAUCGCUAUGACCCAGAUGAGGAUGAAGAGUACUACAGAAAACAGUUGUCCUACUUUGACCGGCGUAGCUUCGACAGCAAGGCCAUGGGUCAACCCAAUCCCGGCAAUCUGCCCAAACCAGCUCAGCUGUCCUACUUGAACAACAGAGUGGAGUCCGUAGAGAAAGGUCCAGUGGAAAAGAGAGCGUCCGCCAUCACACCCAAUGCACUACUCAGGCUCAGCCCCAAUGCCGGUAAGCUCUAUUUUCUAAAGUGCGAGAAUACGAGAGUUCCACAAAGACACCGUUUAAGUGAUUGUGUCUCCCUUCAACCGCUUCCAGCGAACUCCAUACCCGAGCCAUUGAGUUCCCCCAAUCCGAAACCCGAGCUGCCGGCCCUCAGGCCAGCCAGCAGAGACGAACCCAGUGGCUACUUGCCCCUAAGGGGCCUCCCCAAGAAGUCCCCGGUCAACGGCACUGACGCUGCACCGCCAAAGACGCUGGCCGCCCCCCCUCCAGCGAGCUAUAACCGCUACGUCCCCAAGCUGUACACCAGCUCAGCCCGGCCCUUUGAGCGCAAGUUUGAGAGUCCCAAGUUCAACCACAACCUGCUGCCCAACAACACAAAGGUGAAGACAGAGCUCAUCAGUAAGCCCGGUGUGGUGAGCAACAGCAGUGGGAGGCCUACGCUGUCACCACAGCCCCUAGACCACGACAGUGGUCUGGACGCCUUCACACGCACCAUGGACAACAGGCCAAAAUACCAGCACAAUAACAUCAACGCCAUUCCGAAGGCCGUCCCUGUAAGCCCCAGCACGCUGGACGACGAGGACGAGGACGAAGGGCACACGGUGGUGGCCACCGCCCGGGGGACCUUUAACUGUAACGGAGGGGUCCUGAGCUCCAUCGAGACGGGCGUCAGCAUCAUCAUCCCCCAAGGCGCCAUCCCCGAGAGCGUGGAGCAGGAGAUUUACUUCAAGGUGUGCCGGGACAACAGUAUCCUGCCACCCCUCGACAAGGAGAAAGGAGAAACGCUGCUAAGUCCGCUGGUGAUGUGCGGCCCGCAUGGACUCAAGUUCCUGAAGCCGGUGGAGCUGCGCUUACCUCACUGUGCGUCUAUGUCCCCUGAUGGUUGGUCUUUUGCUCUAAAAUCCUCCGACUCCUUGUCGGGUGAUCCUAAAAUCUGGCAGAACAAGUCUCCCUCAGGAGACCCAAACUACCUGGUGGGUGCAAACUGUGUGUCUGUGCUCAUCGACCACUUCUGAAGAGGGCGACAGCUGGGCUGUUACUGAAUGUGAUAAACAGGGGACCUUCGCCACCCUGCCGGGCACACUCCACCGUGGCGGCGCGCACGACGAUACGCCAAGUAAGGAACUGAAGUUGGAAUUCAUGACCGGUGCCACAGACUGAAUGAUCUCGUUUAGACUUUUGUAGGUAAUUUUUUAAAAGGUCACAGCGGUGCAGAAAAAAGGAGAAUUUUGGACGUCAUUUAAUAUUACAAUGGCAUUUUUGCGAACUGUAAAAAAAAGAAAAAAACAACUCAGAAAUAGCAAAUUUGGUAUAUGCUAAAUUUUUGUUUGUGAGUUUUGUGGUCAUGGGUUUCACUCGUGAAGGAUCCCUUGAGGAAUUGAGAAAUGCUGAGCGGAUCUCACGAAGGAAGACGUAGGCAUCAUAAAGAUUUUUUAAAAUUCUGAAUGAAGGUUAAGUAUUAUUAUCAGAUGCCCAUAUGUUCUGACGGGGCUCCGUCUCUGUUUAAAACUGAUGUUUUGGAGCAAUGUUUUACCGUAAAUAAAUAUACUGACUUGACGUUACAAACUCCUGCUGUCUAGAGAUCUAUGCAUGUGCUAUGACUCAGGUCCAGAAGCCUGCUACCACUUGGUUCAACACAUGAAAAUCCCAUCGUACACUGCAAGCAGUGAUGCCUUAUCUGCAUAUUAACUUUUCAGUGAAACUUCAAAACAUCUGUUCCUUCAGUUAUAGCGAUCACUACGGGAGAAAAAGUCGUCUCUGCAUUUUGUCAUAAACUGUGAACUUGGAUUCAGCACACGAGAAUAGUUGAGGCUGAUGAAAAGGUAUGCUUUCUUUUACUGCUAUGCAUAUGAAGUCUGUGGAAAUACAAAAAGAUAGAAGAUGAUUCAAUCGUUGCUAUAAAUAUUGCUAGUAUAUGGCCUUAGUUCUGCGUAAAUUAACUUUUGUACAUCAGUGUUAUUUUGUAUAAAAGAUAAAAUAUUUGUUUAAAAAGAGAAAGCGGUUACAUUGGUUAUGUUUCUAUUCUGGUUAUACCCCUGAGCCUUGGAACUGACAUAAGCAGUAAUAAGAGAAGAGUGGUCCCUCCCUUUAUUUGUGAUACUGGAUGCUGUAUUGUGUGCCCUGAAAUGUAUUUUUGUACUAAUAGACAAUUUAUUAUGGCACAUUGGUACUAUUUUCUUUUGAUAUAACACCACUUCAACCCAACACUGGUUCAUUUUCUUGUGUGGCUGAUAUUUUUGGUUCAACUUUUAUUUCUCAUUCUGCACAUUUCUACUUAUUCAACUACAUUAAUGAAUAAAUUCAUUUUGAAAGUA